AUGUCAGCCUCCAGAGAACUUCCAAGACCAGCAGAAGAUCUUCAGAAAGAAAUUGAUAGGAGGAAGGCUCAGUUCAAAUUAGGCUGGAGGGAGUCAACAUUAUACCCUGAUUGGAGGAAAGAAGAGUUCCAAGCUGUAAAUGUGACUCUUGAUGAAGCCACUGCUCAUCCCAGCCUCCUCCUGACUGAAGAGGGGAGAGGAGUAACCUUGCAAGAAAUACAGCAAGAUCUACCCAGCUCCACACAGAGAUUUGUCUCUAUUCCCUGUGUGCUGGGUCAGCUACAAAUCUGUGCGGGGAGAUACUACUGGGAGGUGGAAGUUGGGGACCUGCAUUCCUGGGACCUGGGAGUUUGUAGGGAUAAUGUAUCAAGGAAGGGGACUUUCCAAAUGUCCCCACAGAAUGGUUUCUGGGCCAUUAGACUCUACCAGGAGGAUUACUGGGCCCUUACCAUCUCAGAAACUCAUCUUACUCUAAGAGAAAAACCCCUUAGUGUGGGGAUAUUCCUGGAUUAUGAGGCUGGAGAUGUAUCUUUCUAUAAUAUGACAGAUGAAUCCCACAUUUUCACAUUUUCCAAACAGACAUUUUAUGGUGUCCUAAGACCACUUUUCAGACUUUGGUCCCCUGACUCUGGCCCCUUGACCACUGUCCAGGUGGAGUAGAACACACAGAUGUUGUAAUUCAUGUGCCUACACCUCCAUGAGA